AGGUUUUCCGCUCUGGGCUGGCAUCACAGCAGGUUGCAGAACCUCAGUGCCUGGUCAGUGACGGGAACGUCCACUUCUCUUUCCAGGGCUGAGGGCCUCGGUAAACCAUACCCCGCACCUGACCCUUGAGAACUUGAGGUGCAGCUGUGUUUAACCCAGAAAAAUACCUGAUUAGGGUUUGGUUUGUAUUUGCCACCUGACAGUUGAGUUGUCUCGAAAUCACGGCACAGGAGGAACACUCAGACUUGGCGCACAGUGGUGUCCAUGGGCUCUGCAGACCAUCAGUUCAACCUCGCUGAGAUCCUGUCGCAGAACUACAGCGUCCGGGACGGGUGUGCUGAGGCUUCCAGGUGCCCGGACAAGUGCGGGGAGGAUCCAGAGAAGGACUCGGUCUCCCAGAGCAGCGACAUGCCGCUGGACGAGCUGCUCGCACUCUACGGCUAUGAGGCCUCCGACCCCAUCUCAGAGCAGGAGAGCGAGGGUGGCGACGUGGCCCCCAACCUCCCGGACAUGACCCUGGACAAGGAGCAGAUAGCGCAGGAUCUGCUUUCCGGGGAAGAGGAGGAAGAGACGCAGUCCUUUGCCGACGACCUCACCCCAUCUGUGACCUCCCACGAGGCCUCUGACCUUUUCCCCGGCCAGAGUGGAUCCCGGUUCCUGGCUGAUGACGACAAAGAGCCUGGCUCCUCUGCCUCUUCCGACACUGAGGAUGCGCUCCCGGCCAACAAGUGUAAGAAGGAGAUCAUGGUGGGGCCUCAGUUCCAAGCUGACCUCAGCAGUCUGCACUUGAACCGGCAUGGCGAGAAGAUCUAUGAGAACGAGGACCAGCUGCUCUGGGACCCCAGCGUCCUGCCCGAGAGGGAGGUGGAGGAGUUCCUGUACAGGGCCGUGAAGCGGAGGUGGCAGGAGACGGCCGGGGCCCAGCUGCCCGAGGGAGAGACCGUGAGAGACAGCGAGCAGGCGCUGUACGAGCUGGUGAAAUGCAGUUUCAACGUGGAGGAGGCUCUGCGCCGCCUGCGGUUCAACGUGAAAGUGAUCCGAGAUGGGCUGUGCGCCUGGAGUGAAGAGGAGUGCAGGAACUUCGAGCACGGCUUCCGCGUCCACGGGAAGAACUUCCACCUGAUCCAAGCCAACAAGGUGCGCACACGGUCGGUGGGCGAGUGUGUGGAGUACUACUACCUGUGGAAGAGGUCCCAGCGCUACGACGACUUCGCCCAGCAGACGCGGCUGGGCCGGAGGAAGUACGUCCCGUCUGGAACCACGGACGCAGACCAAGACCUGGAUGGCAGUGACCCCGAGGGCCCUGGGCGCCUGCGUUCGGAGCAUGACCCCUUCAGGAGUGCACGCACAGAGCCGCUGAGUGGGGACGGCACAGCUGGUGGCCUUGGAGAGCCCGCAGAGGGCUCCGACGGCCUCCCGUCCUCGGAGCCGGGGCCCUGUCCAUUGCAGCCGUUGGAUGAGCCCCCCGCUGUGCCCCUGCCCCGACGGCCCCCAGCCCUGGCCGCGUACCCUGAGGCCGCAGCUGCCCCAGAGCCAGGUGCCAGCCCGAGACUGGCUGUGGACUUUGCGCUGCCCGAGCAGCUGCCCCUCAUCUCCAGCCGUGUUGACCUGAAUGGAGGCCCUGGAGAAGCUGUGGCCCCUGCGCAGGUGGCCUUGUCGGUCACUGAGUUUGGACUCAUCGGCAUUGGAGAUGUAAACCCCUUCCUGGCUGGCCACCCGGCUUGCCCGGCCCCUGGGCUGCACUCGGAGCCCCUGUCACACUGUAACGUGAUGACCUGUUGAUCCCUGGCUGCAGGCGGGUGCGUGAGGCCCGGAUGGACUUCUGUCAGUCUUCCCGACCCUGCCUCGGGCCUCGCCCCGCGCCUUCUCUACUCAAGGACAAGUCGGGCCUGGGUGUGGUGGCCAGGCCCUCGCCCCUGCACACACCUGGACCCGGGGCCACGUCAGUGCCUGGCACCACCCUGCCAGGAUCUACCGCGAAGCUGGGCACAGGGGGCCUGGCCCUUGGGGCCUGGACAGAGCUGGCCGCCUGCUCUCUCCAGCCAGCAGAGACGAGGGGAGACCGGGCAGGAC